AUGAGGAUUGGGAAGAUUGAAAAAGUGCUAUUUACCUGCUGUGUUAUCGUGACACUAUUAAUCUUCCAACAACACACGGAUAUUGACCAUUUCCAAAGCAACGAUAGAUUGGGGAAUCAUAUCGGACCUCCCCGGGAGAUAGAUCAGGAACCUUUUCGUAAAUGGGGUGAUUUUGACUUUAAUGGGACCCAAGAUUGUGUUUGUAUCAACUGUGAACCCGCUGCGCCUUGCGGGGAUUUGUGGAAGGCAACUCAGAUUUCUCGAGAGUCGAUAUUUGAAGAUGUUCGCAAACGAGAAAUCCAUGUGACUCUUUCCCAUUGCGAAGGCGAUCUUGGGUUUCUCACUGGAUUUCUUGAUCAAUGCAAUGUUGCCAGCAUUCAUGUUAUCACAAAGUGCGGCCAUCCGGUUCGCGGUCUUCCUGAUCAUGCUACUGUCGAAGAACUGCCCAAUAUUGGUCGUUGCGAUCACAGCCACGUCCAUUACAUCACUACUGUAAUGGAAGAAAAGAUUGCUAAGUACGGGAAGAACGGUAGGGAUGCAAUCAUUAUAUUCAUGAAAGAUCAGGUCGGUGCUGGAAACUUGCACCAAGCAGGGAGAUGGAAUAGCCUUGAAAAUAUGAUUAGAGUGUCUUCUUCCGACAGUGGAUUUAGUUGUGGGAUUGUCCCCCUUCGUUUUCGACGACGAAGGAUUAGUUGGUAUACGUCCGCCUACGUCGAAAUGAAAAUACUGAAUCGAUUCAAAAAGUCAUCCUAUGAGAGUCUUCACGAAUACACCGAAGAUCGAGUGAAGUUCGAAUCGGUGUUUGACGAUUGGAGUGACUUUUACAGAAAUCUUGGUGCGCGCCCUCUGAAUCAAGACGUAGCACAAGUGUGUUUUGGAGGAGUCUUCGCCGCUAACCUCGAAAAUAUUCGGAAUGUCGGAGCCGACGUUUGGAAGAAAGCGGAACAUCUUCUCUCACGCGGUAAUAAUAUCCAAGAGGGCCACUAUAUGGAGCGUGCGUGGGCUGCCUUGCUGGCAUCACCCCUGAAAGCAUCACAGGUAGACCGGAUUCGAGCCUAUUCCGAUUUCGUUUUCGAAGUCGUCACAGAGGACUCACCAGAGGGCAUGCUAGGUGUGAUUGCAAAGAAGGCUUGA